UUAUCGCAGGUUCCUAAGGGGGGAUUUAAACAAAUUACAGCAUUUAAUUAAAUGAAAACUAAAUUAAAAUGCAGUUACCGAUCCUUAUUCUGAACUUUUUGAGACCGAUCCUUAGCUUAAAAGAGAGCACACGUGUCAGCAUGUGAGCAAACCUCAAUUUUUUUUUCUCUCUCUUUUCUCGAGUCUUCUUCUUCUCUCUUUGUUUUAUCCAACGACAAUGGCGAUCAAUCGGUUGAUCAACUCUACCUCCCUUCUCUCCCACCAUUGACGCCGCCGCCGUAGGAAAGGAGCUCUCUUUGGGCGGAGACUCCAUCGUCAAAGACUCAACGGAUGGCUUAACGACGGCAUUAAGGUGGAUUCUUAGUUGCCGUCCCGACCUACCUAUAAACCUCCUACAAAAACUCUUUCGUCUAAGACAGGUUAGAAAAGAAAUGCCUAUGAGCUGCGAUGGUGAUGAUUGCUUGAAGGUGCCAGCCAAGGAGUCAUUGAAAGGGUGGCAGCCAAAGAGUCAUUGAAUGUAGGAGAUAGAAUUUACCUUCCUUUAUCUGUAGGCAAUGAUGUGCCGCCUCCUGCUAAGAAAGCAAUUUAUGGAAGUGACAGAGCAAAGCUUAGACCCUGCUUGAUAUAUAUAGGAGAAUUAGUAGAUGAAAUGUAUUCGGUCAAGGCACUCUCUCUUUAGCUUCUUAACUGCUAUUUGCUAAGUUAGUUUAUAGUGGAUUGUAUGAGCAGAACUCAAAGUAGUUGCAAGCUGCGUUUUUUUUUAUUAAUGUAGCUUAUAAAUAUAAUUGACUGAUUUGUUCGACUUCUUUUUUUUUUAAUGCCUUGAUGUCUCGCCUGCUCAUGUAUCUAUAAUUGACUGAUUUGUGAAAUGGAGUUCUCCUUUUGUUGUUGCUCAUUUAAGUUAUCUUGUUGUUGUUCUGUUAAGUUAAAAACGUAUGGCUUGGUCUUGUUGUUGUUGUUCUGUUAUAAGCAAACGUUGUCUUGUUGUUUUCUGUCACAGACUUGUGUCUUGUUGUUUUGUGUCUUAUGGUGAUUGUGUGAUUUGAGCAAAAUAAUACCUCGUAAUGUGUUUUGUAUAAAUAAGCUUUUGUUCUUUCUCCUCAUUCUCAUGUUCUUUUUUUCUUUAUAACUUGAAGUUCUCUCAACUUUCAAGUUCAUUCUCUUCCUUCUUACCAUACAAAACGAGUAAACACAUUUUAAUCGAAAUAAGUUCAUUUUCUCUUUCUCUUGAUCACAAAUUUUAUUCACAAAACAAUCAAAAACAUUUUCUAUAUGACAUUUUUUUUUAAAAACCUUAAUUAAGAAACCCCCAAUAAAGCAUAAAAUCUAUAAGUUUCUUAACUAAAUUUCUUAACUAAUUUUUAUUAUUAAAUAAUUCAUUAAGAAACCCAAAUAGGGUUAUAGGGAUAAUGAUGCUCUAAGGGAUAUUAGUUAUGAUACUCAUAAUGGGGUUUUGGGUUGUACAUGCUCUAAUCAUGACCGUCGACUCGAUUUCCGUGUGACGUGUCCUCUUCCAGUAACUUUAGUCCUUCCCAACGUUAUAAAGAGCGGGUGAAAGUGAUAAAUAUCAACAAGAAAAGGGAACCGUCAGUAUUCUGGCUGCGACGGAAGCUUUUCUUUUAUGUUCUUUGAUUCAAUUCAAUGGCGCCGCCGAAGAGCACCGGAGGAGGAGUUAAGGGGAAAUAUGUUGCGGCGGUGGCUACGUCGACGAGGCAGACUCGAAGCAUGGCUCGCCAGACUCGGAGCCAAACUAAGGGACGCGGGGGUGGUAACUCGACAUCCUCCAAGCUCAUGAACUUCGAGUCUCCCGAGAAGAGGAAAAGGAAGACGAAAGCCAAGGAAGGUGGAGCGGCGACGAAGAAGAUCAAGAAAGAAAAAGAGGAAGCUGUGGUAGAAGACCACGUAGACGAAGAAGAAGAAGAAGAAGAAGAAGAAGAAGAAGUCUCUGAGAAAAAGACGAUCGUGAUCGAGCACUACAAACAACACAAAUCAUUCAAGGAGAGAGCCAACAAGGUGAAGGAAGGUCUGGAGAAUGCUGUUCCUGGCAUCAUUGUCACUCUCAAUCCUCUUAAGCCAAGGCGUGGAUGUUUUGAGAUUCGAGAGGAAGGCGGCGAAUCAUUCAUCACUCUUUUGGAUAUGAAGAAACCAUUUACACCGAUGACGGAACUUGAUAUGGAAGAGGUCGUCUCUAACAUCGUAGAGAGGAUUAAAUGAGAGAGGCUUCUCUGCACAUAGGGCCCGCUGCGUAAUCAAAUAGGCGCGCUUCAAUAUAUCUAACUCUCUCCUAGAGCAACCAACUGUGCAUUCUUUUUUUUUUAGGCUUUCCUUUUGAUACUUUGGUGAAAACUCUUUAGAGUGUUUUGUCAUUUUGUUGGGCUUACUUGGAUAUGUGCAUUUUCUGGAUGCUAAAACUACAUUAUUAUAUGUUUUGGUUCAUCUGAAAUG